AACCGAAUUACCGCAUAUAUUCUAAGAUUUUGCCACAAUGCUCGCACUAAGUUGAUCUCGGACCGGUUAUUAAAUUCACUAAGUGUAACUGAAAUAUCCAAUGCCACCACAGUGUUGCUGCGAAAAAUGCAGUCCAUCUCAUUUGCACCAGAAAUUGCCGAGCUUAAGUCCAGUAGGCCUGUUGGACGUUGUAGUGCGUUGCGUACACUGAACCCAUUUAUUGACCAGGAUGGUCUAGUGCGAGUUGGAGGCAGACUCAUCAACGCUGACAUUGCAUACACCAGCAAAUGCCCAAUUGUACUACCAGCAAAAGGUACAAUCACAAGACUUAUCUUUGAAUACGAACACAAGCGUUUAAUUCAUAUUGGCCCUCGAGGAUUGCUGGCAAACAUUCACCUUCGUUACUGGCCAAUUCGAGGUCGAGCUAUUGCGAGUCAGACCGUCCGGCGCUGCAUAAUUUGUUUUCGUUCCAGUCCAUCCCUGACUGUUCCAUUCAUGGCACCACUUCCACCUGAAAGAGUCAAUGUCGAGCGUCCCUUUGCCAGAACCGGCGUCGAUUUUUGUGGACCAAUCAUGAUCCGAAGUGGCAUACGUAGAGUGGUCAGCAUCAAAUGUUAUGUUGCGGUAUUUGUCUGUUUUGUAACUCGUGCUAUCCACUUAGAGCUUGUUAGCGGACUUACUACUGAAGCCUUCCUAGCAUCUCUCAUGCGUUUCCUGUCUCGUCGUGGCCUUUGUAGUCACAUCUAUAGCGAUAAUGGCACAAACUUCAUAGGAGCCAAUAAGGUCUUACAUUCGUAUUUUGCACCAGUCAAGGGACAACGCACAGUUGAAGACUCUCUUUCCGAUUUAAAGAUUCAGUGGCACUUCAUACCCCCCUCCGCUCCUCACUUUGGUGGUCUAUGGGAGGCAGCUGUGAAAUCAGCGAAAAGGCAUUUAUUGAAGGUAAUUUCAAUGGGCCUUCUCACGUACGAGGAAAUGCACACCUUGCUUUGUCGAAUAGAGGCCAUAUUGAAUUCUCGCCCAAUAUCACCGAUGUCCGAUGAUCCAUCCGAUCUUAAUCCUUUAACCCCGGCUCACUUUUUAAUAGGAGGAAGUCUAACGCAACCAGCUGAACCUGAAAAUACUGGAAUUCCACUUAAUCGAGUGAAAAGGUGGGAGCUGGUGAAGUUGCAAUCACAAACUUUUUGGAAAAGGUGGAGCACGGAGUAUCUUCCACAACUUCACAAAAGAGGAAAUGGUUAUCAAAGAAGGACACUAUUAGAGUCGGUUCAUUGGCCAUUUUAAGGGAAGACAACCUACCGCCACUCCAGUGGAAAAUGGUUAGGAUCACCAAAGUUCAUCCUGGACCUGAUGGCAUCAUUCGCGUGGUAACUGUCACUAACUCGGCUGGGAGGGAGUUCCAGCGUCCAGCAGUAAAAAUUGCAGUGCUGCCCAGCAAUCAAGAGGAAGAGGAUGCAGCGUAACAACUCUUCACUCAUUGACCUUUAAAAAUGUAUUGUUUUACAAGCAUUCUACUGCUUAUUCUAUUGUUAUUAUUAUUCACUCCAGCAGUUAUUUUAUGCAACUGAUCAACAUUAUGUUUACUUAAAUUCUGUUCUUUAUAUUCCGUGUGUUAUAUCUACUUUUGAAAGGUCUGAGUCCUUUCAAAGGGGGAGAAUGUUCGCGCCAAUAUGGCAAUUCAAAUUAAUUGUAUUUGUUUUAUAUUAUGUUCCUGUGUUCCGUGGUGGUUCUUAUCACGCGUCACUGCCGCGCGGUCGACAGUGGCGUCAGCUGUUGUGUGCUGACCGCCCAGUGCGUGUGUAAGACCACCACGUUAUCAAUGUUUUGGUGUUUUCAAGUGAUUACAAAAAGCCGUUCUACUAAAAUCUCAUUUCAAAGUUGUGUGUCACCUAAAGUUCUGGUUUUUUUUUAUACUUUUGUUUUGUUGUACAGGUGACACUGUUAUUCCGUGUUGCAAUGUGUUAGUGUGUUACCGUUAAAAUCGGCCAUUCCUUUAAUUUUAUCGUUCUCUUCUUUUGCGGCUGUUGCCCAGGACGGUUGUCUCCAAUCGUCUUUUCAUGUUUUCAACUACAUUUGUCUGCUGCUAAAACCACAUUGUUAUUGUAUUGUGUUGUGAUUUGACUCUGGUGAGUAUCGUUCGCGCAACCUUUGUUGCCCUUCAUUUAAUUGUUUUCCUAUUUCUAGGGUGUCAUUCUCAUCAGCGUCACUGUGAAUAGUGUGGUUUUGUGUUUUGUUCUGUACGCAGCGGCAAUCAUUGUAUUCUGUGAGUUCUUCGUUGUGGUACAGCUAAGUGGUCGCACGUGUGCGGGUUGUAAUUAUAUUGUUCCUAUCUACGCCCCCGGCAUGGCUCGCGUGGGAUGAAAUCCACCACUUAGCUUACCAUAGGUGACACUGUUAUCCCGUGUUGCAAUGUGUUAGUGUGUUACCGUUAAAAUCGGCCAUUCCUUUAAUUUUAUCGUUCUCUUCUUUUGCGGCUGUUGCCCAGGACGGUUGUCUCCAAUCGUCUUUUCAUGUUUUCAACUACGUUUGCCUGCUGCUAAAACCACAUUGUUAUUGUAUUGUGUUGUGAUUUGACUCUGGUGAGUAUCGUUCGCGCAACCUUUGUUGCCCUUCAUUUAAUUGUUUUCCUAUUUCUAGGGUGUCAUUCUCAUCAGCGUCACUGUGAAUAGUGUGGUUUUGUGUUUUGUUCUGUACGCAGCGGCAAUCAUUGUAUUCUGUGAGUUCUUCGUUGUGGUACAGCUAAGUGGUCGCACGUGUGCGGGUUGUAAUUAUAUUGUUCCUAUCUACGCCCCCGGCAUGGCUCGCGUGGGAUGAAAUCCACCACUUAGCUUACCAUAGGUGAGUUGUGUUUUGUGUAUUAAGGCCGACGGGUCUAUAUACUUUUUUAAGGUAAAAUAAUUGACUAUUGUAAAAUACUAUUGUAAAAUAAAUAACAAUGCCAACACAA